UUUCUAUAAAGAGCAAGACGUCACAUUUUUCAGAAGUCUUUGGACUUCAGCAUGAUGACUGCUCAGUUGCUGGCUUAUGUGGCAUUUUCAGUUUUCUGUGUCUUAAAAGCCAGCUCCCAGGAUACUUUCACUGCAGCUGUGUAUGAGCAUGCAGUGAUACUACCUAAUGACACUCUGACACCAGUGUCUCGUGAACAGGCGUUGGCAUUAAUGAAUCAGAAUCUGGACCUUUUGAAAACGGCCAUCGAGUCAGCAGCGAAGCAGGGUGCACACAUUAUUGUGACUCCAGAAGAUGGAAUUUAUGGUAUGAAUUUCAACAGGAAAACUAUUUACCCAUACUUAGAGGAUAUCCCAGACCCUCAAGUCAACUGGAUUCCCUGUAAUAAUCCUAACAGAUUUGGCCACACCCAAAUACAGGAAAGACUCAGCUGCCUGGCUAAGGACAACUCUAUCUAUGUCGUGGCAAAUAUUGGGGACAAGAAGCCAUGCAAUGCCAGUGACCCUCAAUGUCCCCCUGAUGGCCGUUACCAAUACAACACUAAUGUGGUGUUUGAUUCUCAGGGAAAACUGGUGGCCCGCUACCAUAAGCAAAACCUUUUCAUGGGUGAAGAUCAAUUCAAUGCACCCAAGGAGCCUGAGAUUGUGACUUUCAACACCACCUUUGGAAAGUUUGGCAUUUUUACAUGCUUUGAUAUACUCUUCCAUGAUCCUGCUGUUACCCUGGUGAAAGAUUUCCAUGUGGACACCAUACUCUUCCCAACAGCUUGGAUGGAUGUUCUGCCACAUUUGGCAGCCAUUGAAUUCCACUCAGCUUGGGCUAUGGGAAUGGGGGUCAAUUUCCUCGCAUCCAAUAUACAUCUCCCCGGGAUGAGAAUGACAGGAAGUGGCAUCUAUGCACCUGAUUCUCCAAAAGUAUUUCAUUAUGAUAUGAAGACUAACGAGGCAAAGCUCCUCCUUUCACAACUGGAUUCUCACCCAAACCACCCAGUAGUGAACUGGACUUCUUACGCCAGCAGUAUAGAUGCACUCUCAACAGGAAACCAGGAAUUUAAGGGUUAUGUCUUUCAUGAUCAGUACACCUUUGUGGAGCUCACAGGAAUCACAGGAAAUUACACCAUUUGUCAGAAAGAUCUCUGCUGUCAUCUCAGCUACCAGAUGUCUGAGAAGAGAUUGGAUGAAGUUUAUGUUCUAGGGGCAUUUGAUGGAUUGCAUAUUGUUGAAGGGCGCUACCAUCUACAGGUUUGUACUCUGCUGAAGUGUAAAACGACUGAGUUACACACAUGUGGUGAUUCAGUUGACACGGCUUCCACUAGAUUUGAAAUGUUCUCUAUCAGUGGCACUUUUGGAACACAGUAUGUCUUCCCAGAGGUGUUGCUGAGUAAAGUUCAGCUUGCACCAGGAGAAUUUCAGGUAUCGAGUGAUGGGCGCUUGUUCAGUCUGAAGCCAACAUCUGAACCUGUCUUAACAGCCACUCUGUUUGGGAGGUUGUAUGAAAAGGAUGGAGCCCCAAAUGCUUCACUAGAGCUAAGAGUGCUUACAUUGAAAGUAAUGCUAAUAGUUAUGACACCCAUUGUAUAUUCAUUAUAUUAGUAGUGUAUUUAUAGUAUUUACAUUUUCUCUUUGAUUUAGGAUAAUUUUAAAAAUGAUG